UUUUAUAUGAAUAUUUGUAACGUUGUAGUUGUUUGCUAUUCGUGAUUGUCUCAUUGCUAUCUACAUGUAUCAAAGUAAAUCUUCCAAAAUUUCCGAGUAACCUCAAAUUGUCAUAGUUACAUAAUAAACUUUUAAUUUUUAGGGUAACAAUGGGUCACGGUUUCGGUCAAUUGUACAAACUGCGAGGUAUUAUCACCUACAAAAUCUCCCACUUUGAACAAAAAGCUUUUACUGGAUUGAUAUCGCAUGGAGUUCCAAACACCAUCAGAAGAAUACUGGACCAGAUCAUCUACGUUGUUCCCCCACUUGGAAUUGGAUAUAUAGUGUACGAUCAAGUUGAAAAGGAACAUCACAGAUUGAUGUUGAAAAAUCCAGCUGAUUAUGAAAAUGAUAAGUGAAUAAAGUGAUAGUCUUCAAUUGUAGGUUAAGUGGUAAAAGUAAUAAAAUAAAAACUACUAAAAUCCAA